AUGGCGUUGGCAACAGACGAUGACCUGCACAAGCUGAAUCAGGAUGAGCGAGAGGCUGAUGUCCAGCUCGCAACACAGAAAGAACAUGAGAUGGGUAUCAUGCGCGCGAUAAAGCUAUACCCCAAGGCCAUCGCUUGGUCGUUACUCUUCUGCAUGGGUGUCAUCAUGAACGGGUUUGACGCUCAGGUGAUAGGGAACAUGUUCCCUGUGGCUAGGUUCCAGCGAGAUUUUGGAUACCAGUUCGAGGGGAAAUGGAAUAUAUCUGCUGCCUGGCAAUCUGGCCUGAGUAUGGGGAGCCCCAUCGGACAGGUGGUUGGCGCGUUGCUCGUCAGCUAUCCUAUGGAGUGGUUUGGUAGGAAGCGGACGUUCCUUUUUUUCGCACGAUCACUUGAAGUGCUGAUAGUCGGUCAGUUACUCGGUGGCCUUGUCUUGGGUACAUAUACCGUCAUCGCUCCUACGUAUGCCUCUGAAGUCUGCCCGGUGGCCCUGCGUGGUAUCCUAACAUCCUACGUCAACCUUUGCUUUGUUAUCGGCCAGUUCCUUGCUAAUGGUAUCUCGGCCGGCACACACAACCUGGAUUCACACUGGGCUUAUAGCUUCCCCUUUGCUCUACAGUGGAUCUGGCCGGCUAUCAUUUUAUGCACAGUUCCCUUUGCUCCCGAGAGUCCCUGGUGGCUGGUGAGAAAGGAGAGGAUGGAGGACGCAGAGAAGUCUUUGCGUCGACUUGCUUCGUCGAAAGUCGAUGUUAAACCUACUCUUGCUAUGAUUAUUGAAACGGACAGACUAGAGCAGCAUAUGCAAGCUGGCACUACGCUCCUAGAUUGCUUUAAAAGUGUCAAUGUCAGACGCACAGAAAUUGCUGUUGGAGUUUAUGCGAUCCAGGUCCUCAGUGGGAUUUAUCUCGUUGGCUAUUCAAACUACUUCUUCACCCUUGCCGGGCUUAGCUCUGAUGACGCUUUUAGCAUGGGGCUUCACUCACAUUAUCAGCUUGGAUUCCUCGGCGUCGGCUUCCUCGGUACUGUUCUCUCGUGGUUUGAGCUGGCGUACUUUGGCCGUCGGACCAUUUAUCGCAACGGCCUGGCAAUGCUUGCACUCCUCCAGUUUAUCAUCGGCAUCCUCGACUGUGUUCCCAACUACGAGAAACGCCCUAGUGUCAUCUGGGCUCAAGUAUCGAUGAUGGUAGUCUGGAAUUUUGCCUACAGUCUAUCUGUCGGGCCGGUUUGUUUCGUUAUACUAUGUGAAUGUUCUGCGACAAAGAUUCGGUCUAAGACUAUCGCUCUGGCGACUGCAGUGCAGGCGAUGCUAGGUAUAGUUAUGACAGUCGCCAUUCCGUACAUGAUCAACCCGGAUGCGGCGAACUGGCGAGGGAAACUUGGCUUCUUCUUCGGGGGCCUCGCCACGGUAUGCUUUGUCUGGACGUUUUUCAGGGUCCCCGAGACAAAGGGUAGGACGUACGAGGAACUUGAUAUCAUGUUUGAGAGGAAUGUACCUACUCGGAGGUUUAAGGGCUACAAAUUCGACUAG